UUUAAAUUGGACCUUUGAUUACUACGUAUAUCGAUAUACACUUGUUAUUUGUUUACCGGCACGAAACCAACAUAUACUGAGCCAUGUAAAUUUCAUCACGCUCAAGAAUGAGCUGUCAGAAUUGUGGGAGAGGAUGUUUGUGAUCUUGAACCACUUGUUCGAGUUGAGCGCCAAGCCCAGUUUUAUCUUAUCUUAUCGCCGAAAGUUAUUUCCUUGGAAGCUCGCGAGUUCCAGCUCAACACAUUCUUUGAUUCUCUGUUCAUAGCUCUGUUCAUAGCUUGCUAGGAACAUAGGGGGAAUACAAUAGAUAUAUGUCUGCAACCGGGGAGCACCUCAAGGAUGAGGGGACCAAAACCCAGGUGGUAAUAGCUGGAGCUACAGCAGGCUUAAUCGCAAGAUUUAUAAUAGCUCCUCUCGAUGUCGUCAAGAUCCGCUUACAACUCCAAACUCACUCCCUCUCCGAUCCCUUCGCCCUCCGCGACUUGCGCGGCUCACCAAUCUAUAAAGGCACCCUCCCAACAAUCAGACACAUCCUCCGAGAAGAAGGCAUCACUGGGCUAUGGAAAGGCAACAUCCCCGCAGAGCUGAUGUACGUCUCGUACAGCGCUAUUCAGUUCACAACCUACCGUACAAUAACGCUUGGCCUCCAACAAGCAUUCGACGAGCAUAGACUGCCUAACGCAGCAGAGAGUUUCAUUGCUGGUGCAACUGCCGGUGCCGUUGCCACAACCACUACAUACCCCUUGGAUCUACUCCGUACAAGAUUUGCUGCUCAGGGUACAGAGAAGAUCUACUCCUCGCUGGCGGCAUCCAUACGUGACAUUGCGCGGCAAGAAGGACUACGCGGCUUCUUCCAAGGUCUCGGCGCAGGCGUCGGGCAGAUAAUACCUUACAUGGGAAUGUUCUUCUCCGCGUACGAGACGCUGCGUCUGCCAAUGUUGCGCCUAUCCUUGCCCUACGGGUCUGGGGACGCUACAGCUGGCAUUCUGGCGUCAGUAUUAGCAAAAACGGCCGUCUUCCCAUUGGAUCUGAUUCGGAAGCGAUUACAGGUCCAGGGUCCAACAAGAUCGAGGUAUGUGCAUAAGAAUAUUCCAGAGUACAAGGGAGUGUUCAGGACACUAGGGGAGAUUGUGAGAAAGGAGGGAAGGAGAGGCUUGUAUCGAGGGUUGACAGUGAGUCUAUUCAAAUCGGCACCGGCUAGUGCUGUUACGAUGUGGACUUAUGAGAGGGUCUUGAAGAUUCUAAGGGAUAUAGAGGGAAGAGGGAAGGAUAUGGGAGUCGAUUGAUGGACUGUAAGAUAAGAUACUUUGAAGUAAAGAUACCCGGAUAACGACAAUCAGGAGUGCCGUGCUUAGAAGAUGGCGAGGGAAAGGCUAUAGUUUUGAAGUGAAGCCUCCUGAGAGAGGGCCGAUAAUUUGCCUGACUGUUGUCAGUGUCAGCAAGGGCGAGGUCCCUAGGCUAGAUGAGGGAGCCACUUUAAGAACUUGUUAGAAUAUACAAUAAGAAGAUUCCGCA